AGCUGUCAUUUCACAUCGUGGACAAAUAAAAACACACAUCAUCUUUUGUGUUUUUCUUUGUUGUCGAUCCAAGCUACUCCCAUCGGGGUAGGUCAAUUUACAACGCUUUUAGUGAAAUUAAAAAAAAACACAAAGUUGCAAAUUAAACUUAAUUAAAAAAAAUUCUGUUAAAAUGUCAAAUUUACGUGAAACAUACAACUGGAUCGAUGAGUUCUGUGAUAAAAAACUUACACUACCACCAGCCACCAAUCGCUAUAUUGAAAUUGUCUUUGAUGACGAGAAAUGUGGUGAAAACAAGGCUCCAGAGCACGCACAGUUUAGAACAACAUUACCGUUUGCACGUACCGAAUGCUUUGCAGCUAAUUUCAUUGAUGUAAAACAACUAAUCAACAAUGAUGGCGAUGAAUCGAUAAAAAAUGUAUAUGAGCUCACGCUGCAAAUCAAGAAUAAAACCAUUGACUACUUGCCAGGAGACACUGUUGGAAUUUUGGCUCAAAAUAGUGACGAAGACAUAAAUAAAAUCUUUCAAAAUAAUUCAGAGCUUAAAGCCAAAUCCCAUGAAUCGCUGCAUCUGAAAUUGUUUACCGAAAAGGCAGAACAAAAGAAAGUGCCAAAAUUGCCAAUUUAUUUGCCAGUUUGUAAAACAACACUCUAUCAAUUGUUUCAAGAGUGUGUCGAUUUGUAUGCAUUUCCAAAGAAAACAUUUCUUGCGGCUCUGGUUAACUACAACUGUUUGAAUAAUGUUACUGAACGACGUUUUCUCGAAAUAUUAGCUUCACGCGAAGGUUCUUCUUUGUACGCCACUGAAAUUCUACAAAGACAAACAACGUUCUACAUGCUGCUCAAUCGACUUCAAUCGUGGAGUUUCACCGUCGAAAAUGUUGGCAUUUUAUUUGAACAUUUACCACGUUUAAUGCCAAGACCAUAUUCAAUUUCAAAUAGUCCAAUUGCCGUGUCGACAUCAGUGUAUGAUCAAAAUUCAACUAUUUUAAAGAUUAUUUUCUCGCUAAAUAGUCCACCCGGCAUAACGACAAGCAUGCUGCAACAAUUGAUAUUCAAAUUCGAAGUAGAACGCACACUCGAUAGCAGCAAUCAGUUUGUAAAUAUUUAUUGGCGUCAAAGCAAUCGCUUUCAAUUGACCGACGAAGAUUUAGAAAGACCAUUGAUUAUGAUUGCAAUAGGAACAGGCGUCGCACCGUUCAUUGGAUUUUUGGAACAUAUUCAGGAACAUAGAAAGAGGAAUUGCACAUCAAAAAUACCAUUUACUUGGCUCAUUUUUGGGAGUCGUCAUAAGAUGAAGCAACUAUGUGAACAUAAAUUGAAUGAAUUUCUUCAAAAUGGAACACUUUCAAAGCUUAGCGAGUGUUUUUCACGAGAUCCGAAUUCAAACAUGAAAUACGUUCAAGAUUGUGUUCGAAAUGAAGACAUGCAGAUUGCCAACUUUUUGGUGUCAGAUGAUGAAAAUAGAAGCGGUGGUAAGAUUUUCGUUUGUGGCAAUAAAAAAAUGUCAACAGAUGUACGGGCUGCCAUUGAAGAGAGUCUUUUAAAGACCGAUGUAUGCAGUGCAACCGACGAUGCCAAACAAAUAAUUAAUGAAAUGAUUAAAAGCGGACAAUAUAUCGAAGAUAUAUGGAUUUAAUACACUCAAAGUUUUGACUACUCAAAAUAUACGUUUUCCUUAUUUAUUGAUAAAAACGAUAUUGCUUUUCUUACUAACAUUUUUUAUACAAAUAAAAAACCAGUCAAUAUCUCGUUUAAAUUUAUACAAUAGUUAUUUGAAUGCAUCGAAUAAAUGUUCAGCGGUGGCUUUGAUUUCAUCAAAA